UUCUUGUUUAAUUUUAGAUAGUCAUACUGUGAGCGACGUAAUCAGUUUUAGAUUCCUUACAUUAUAAUCUCUUACGGCGGUUGAAAAGGAACCCAACUCCAUUUUUUCUUUAAUAUUCUGAAAACAAAUUACACAUCAAAAUGUCAACAGUCGAUAAAGAGGAAUUAGUUCAGAAGGCAAAACUUGCCGAACAAUCAGAAAGGUAUGAUGACAUGGCUCAGGCUAUGAAAUCAGUCACAGAAACUGGUGUAGAACUAUCAAAUGAAGAAAGAAAUCUGCUUUCAGUUGCUUACAAAAAUGUUGUCGGUGCCCGCAGAUCAUCAUGGAGAGUAAUUUCAUCCAUUGAACAAAAAACCGAAGCCUCCGCCAGAAAACAACAGCUCGCCCGCGAGUACAGAGAACGCGUGGAGAAGGAGCUUAGGGAAAUUUGUUAUGAAGUGUUGGGUCUUCUCGACAAAUACCUUAUUCCAAAAGCCAGCAAUCCAGAGAGCAAGGUUUUCUACCUGAAAAUGAAAGGAGAUUAUUACAGGUAUUUAGCUGAGGUGGCCACAGGAGACGCACGCAAUACUGUUGUAGACGACUCUCAAACAGCUUACCAGGAUGCAUUUGAAAUUAGCAAGGGUAAAAUGCAACCAACACAUCCAAUCAGAUUGGGUCUUGCACUUAAUUUCUCUGUCUUCUAUUAUGAGAUUUUGAACUCACCAGACAAGGCCUGUCAGUUGGCCAAACAGGUUAAUAUAAAAAUCAAUAAUUAA